AUGUCAAAUGUAAAUUUCACUGGGAAAAAUGUAGACAGCUUUAUAAUUACUGGAUUUGACCACCUGCAGAACCUAAAAUUCCUCGGAUUCCUUAUUUUAAUUACCUACAUGCUCAUAUUGCUUGGGAACGGCAUCAAUCUGUGCAUCAUUUUGAUGGACAGACGUUUACACAAACCAAUGUACAUAUUAAUCUGUAACCUUGCUGUUGUCGACAUAAUGUUCUGCUCUACGUGCAGCACAACCAUGAUUUCAGUGCUGCUGGCUGAGAUUAAAACUGUUUCAUAUUACUCUUGUAUUUCAAGGGUGUACUUAUAUCAUCUGGGUGAUAUCACAGAGUGCAUGGCUCUGUCUUUGAUGGCAUUAGACCGACUUAUUGCAAUUAGACUUCCGUUAGGGUAUCACAGCAUUGUAACAAAUUCACGAACAGUUCAGCUUAUUUUGCUGACCUGGCUCAUUGGUUUCAUUGUAAUGGGGUUUGUAACAUAUGUGGUAGAUGGUCUUCCAUACUGCCAGCCUGUCAUCAGAUAUGUGUUUUGUGAUUAUCCUUCAAUGGUCAGAGCUGCUUGUGUCAAUCCUGAACCCUAUUUUUUAUUGCCAGCAAUGCUUAGCCUGUGGUUGAUUUGUGGAAUGUUCCCAUUUAUUCUGUGCACUUAUGCUGUUCUAGCAUAUAGUGUGACCAAACUCUCCAACAACUCAAGCAAAAAGCAAAUGAUCAACACAUGUUUGAGUCACCUCAUUGUUUUGUUCAGUUUUUUUGCUCCAAAACUGGUCUCUAACUUACUAACUCGAAUAGGAGUAGUGCUAAAUUUAACAGAGCGAAAUGCAAUAUUGAUUGUUGCCUCCCUUGUUCCUUCCCUAAUAAACCCCACUGUCUAUUGCAUCAGGACUAAAGAGAUCAGAAAACGAUUAGCAGAUGUAUUUUUUGGUAAAAAAGUUUGCACUAAAGAUCCUCACUGGACGCUCCUCGAGUUAGUGGAGGAGGCCCUGCUUGUUAGCGGCUCACCUUUCACUGUGGGUGUGGAGGAAGAGGACUUUAAAUCUCCUACCACAGUGGCCGCUUCCCCAGAGUCUCCUCCAGAGGUUCCGCCUGCCUUCAUCGAGCCUCUCCUAGCUCUGCCCUCAGAGUCUGCCACGCGAUUCCCAGAUGACCGCUCAAAAAUUGCUUUCAUCAUCUCCCUCCUCACCGGAAGAGAUCUUCAAUGGGGAGACGCUAUGUGGAAGCAGGGAGGCACCAUUAUGCAAUCCAUUGGGGCUUUCACAGGGCACUUCCAGGAGGCUUUCGAACCAUCUGCUGGGGAUUUCCACACCAGUGAGCAACUGAGUUUUGCUCUCGCUGGUUUUGAUGACUCACGUGGUUUGGAAUCCCUCAUUCAAUACUCCAUCCGCGUGGAAUGA